AUGUCUUCCACAGCAAUCACCAAUGUCCGCGUUUUUGAUGGCGAAAACAUCCACCUGGCUACGACGGUGGUCAUAUCCGGCACAACCAUAUCUAGUGUGGGAGGGAUUGUUCCCGAUGCAGCCACAGUUGUCGACGGUAAAGGUUGUACACUGUUACCAGGACUCAUCGACUCUCACGUCCACACGGGGAUCCCACAAUUGGAGCUGGCUCUCAGAUUUGGGGUGACCACGGAGCUAGAGAUGAUGGGCCAUUGGACCGCCGCCCAGCGCAGCGAAAUCUCAGAGCGAGACGACCUUGCGGACCUACGUACUGCGAGUUAUGGCUUGACACCGCCAGAUGGCCAUCCUAACCAAUUGACCAAAAAGCUCAACCUGCCUCAGCCUCAGCCUCAGCCAGAUCAUUCUUGCGGGUCGGACCAUGAGCCACUGCUCAUGAAUGCUCGAACACCAGAUGAGGCGAUCGCAUUUGUGAGGCAACGUGUCAACGAAGGCGCCGAUUACGUCAAAAUCAUGAUCGAAGAAGGUUCGGUGUUUCAAUCCCCCGGUCUCCCAAUGUUGUCGCAGGAGACGAUAUCGGCGGCGGUCCAGGAAGCGCAUCGACACAACAAGUUGGCAAUCGCUCAUGCCAUGACUUAUGAUGCUGCAGAAACGGCCGCUGGAGCGGGGAUCGAUGGACUGGCUCAUCUGUUCAUUGACCGUGGCGCCGAUGCCCGCAUCGUGGAGAAACUGGCCGGCAUGUUCGUCACACCAUGCCUCUGCCUCAACGCUUCUCUCUUAGGGAACAAGCCUACAGAGUUCGCCGCGGAUCCUCGAGUGUCUGCAAAGCUGCCUUCAGCGUGGCUUACUCACCUCCAAGGUAGCAUGGACACAUUUACCGACGCCGAUUUCGACGUCGUGCUAAAGACUGUGGCGGACCUCCAUAAGGCCGGAAUCGACAUUUUGGUCGGCACGGACAGUUCUUUCCCAGUGCCUCACCUUGCUGGUAUUGCUCAUGGUGCCAGCGUGCAUCACGAACUACAGCUUUUGGUGCGGGCUGGGUUCACGCCAACCGAGGCGUUACGUGCGGCAACAAGUAUGCCAGCUCGUUGCUUUGGCCUGACUGACCGAGGACGAAUCCAAGAAGGACUACGUGCAGAUUUGCUGCUUGUACAAGGAGACCCAACGAGCGAUAUUCGAAGCACGCUUUCUAUCAGAUCUAUCUGGAGACGUGGCACUCUGUUGUCCUCUCCCUCGAGAUAA